AUGCCACAAAAGUCAAGAUGGAGUGUGGACAUUCCCAUCACAUCUAUCCCGUCACUCAUUCUCGGCAAUCCUCACGACACAUUACCAGACACUCCAGCUUAUUUCGAUACCGAUAGACCGGAGACUCUGCACUUAACAUGGCGAGAAUAUGCCCUGUGGUGCAAAAGGAUUGCUGCCGGUCUACGAGCCGCCGGCCUCCGCCCAAAUGAUCGUGUAUUGGUCUAUUCGGGAAACAAUAUUUUCUUCCCCGUGGUUUUCAUGGCAGUAGUCAUGGCUGGUGGUAUCAUCACCACCGCAAAUCCUGCUUUUGUGCCUCGCGAGCUGGCAUAUCAGCUCACGGAUUCCCAACCAAGGUUUCUGCUGAUUGCUGAAGCAAGUAUCAAUAGCGCAGUUGAGGCUGCUCGGCUUGCCAACUAUGACUCUAGGAAGAUCUUUAUUUUCGAUGAUGCUCCACUGGAAGGUCAUGGCAAAGAUGCUGGAGGGAUACGACACUGGGGCCAACUGAUUGCGUCAGUAGACAAUGGCAAGGAUUUUCGAUGGAAAGAGAUCUCGACGAUCGAAGAAGCGAGGCAGACUGUGGCUUUACUGUACUCGUCGGGUACCACCGGUGUCCCCAAAGGGGUGGAACUCACACACUAUGGCCUUGUGGCCAAUUGUGUCCAGCUGAACCAUCUCUACACACUGAAUCCAGUCCAACACCCUCAUCGCCUUCUGGCAAUGCUGCCAAUGUACCAUGGACUUGGACUAUUGACUUUUGCCACAAUGUCACCAUAUCGUCGCAUCCCAACCUACAUUAUGAAGAAAUUCAGCUUGGUGCCCUUGUUUAAAAACAUUGAACAAUUCAAAAUCACCGAGCUGAUGCUUGUCCCACCCAUCCUGAUUGCUAUGGCCAAGAAUCCAGAAGCAAAGCAAGGUAAGUAUGACCUCUCAAGUGUCCGCAAAGUUGGCGUCGGCGCUGCGCCCCUAUCACGGGAGAUGUGUGAAGAGCUAGAAAAGUUGUGGCCUAAUGGACAAGUAAACGUUAAGCAAGGCUGGGGUAUGACUGAAUUACCUAUCUCUUCGUUGAACUGGGAUGAAAAAGAAAUCUCAAAAACUCAAGCUGUUGGCGAGCCAGUUGCGAAUUGUGAAGUGAAAAUAAUGAACGAUGAAGGCACCAGCGAAAUGCCCUUGGGCCAAUCUGGAGAACUAUGGUGCAAAACACCAACCAUGAUGAAAGGCUACUGGGGCAAACCAGAAGAAACGGCCAAAGUUGUCACAUCAGAUGGUUGGUUCAAAACUGGUGAUAUCGCUUUCGCCGACGGCAAUGGUAAAUACGUCAUCAUAGAUCGAAAAAAGGAGUUGAUCAAGGUCAAGGGCAAUCAAGUUGCCCCAGCUGAACUGGAAGGUGUAUUGCUAGAACAUCCUCAGGUGCAGGAUGCUGCUGUAAUUGGCAUUAAACAUGGCGAGGAUGAGCAACCUAUGGCAUACAUCGUCAGAAAGCCUGGGUGCAGCGUAUCUGCACAGGAGGUAUUGAAGCAUAUGGCCGAGAGAACUGCAAGAAUCAAGCAUAUUACAGGAGGAAUUGUCUUCUGCAAUAUGAUUCCCAAGAACCCGUCUGGCAAGAUUCUACGACGGUUACUUCGAGAACAAGCUGAUGCAGAUUCAAAGAGAGCAGAGUCUCAGGCGUCGUCGAACAGUGCUAGACUAUAG